UUCUGUUCUUUCCCCACCAUUCUGUCUCCAGUGGGAAGAUAAGCUUACUUUUCUUCACGGUCUUGUGGAUUGAGGGGUUCGUGUUGAGUCCGAGACGGUGCACUGACUUUCUCCACACGAAGGAACUGUUUCUUGGCGAGGGGAAAUUGAUCACUCCCUCACUACACACGCACACACUUGUGAUCCUUUCACUGUCACGAGCAUCUUCUCAAAUCCAUCCUAAUUGAUGUACUACCAAAACUACAAUUACCCUCCCCCCCAAUCGGGCUGGGGAGGUGGUUACUAUCCGCCGCCGCAGCAACAGCAGCAACAGUGGGCACCGCCGCCGCAGCCUUACUAUUCCAAUGGAUAUCCUCCUCCAGCACAACCUCCCCAGUCAUAUUCUCCACCACAAUAUCCGCCUCCCGGUCAGUAUGGCCAUCACACUCCGACCCCGCCCCCGUCGUCGGGGUCACAGUAUCGCUCCUAUCACAGUCACUCGCCGUCAUGGGGCCAAAGCCAAACCCCCCCACGCCCUCCGAUGGAGGCGCAGCAGUUCGGCAAGGGAGCUCCGUCCAACUAUCGCUUCCAGUACUCCGCUUGUACGGGUCGACGGAAGGCUCUGUUGAUCGGCAUCAACUAUGCCGGACAACCGAACGCCCUCCGCGGCUGUAUCAAUGACGUGACCAAUAUGUCGACUUUCCUCCAUGAUCGAUAUGGCUACCGGAGAGAAGACAUGGUCAUCCUGACCGACGACCAACAGAACCCCAUGAGUGUCCCGACCAAAGCCAAUAUCCUGCGAGCAAUGCAAUGGCUGGUCAGGGAUGCGCAGCCGAACGAUUCGCUUUUCAUUCAUUUCUCAGGACAUGGCGGCCGAACGCCGGAUCUGGAUGGAGACGAGGAGGAUGGAUACGAUGAUGUUAUCUACCCGUUGGACUACCGUACGGCUGGACAUAUCGUAGACGACGACAUGCACGAUAUUAUGGUACGGCCGCUGAAACCAGGUGUGCGUCUGACUGCUAUUUUCGACUCCUGCCACUCGGGUACGGCCCUGGACCUUCCUUACGUGUACUCCACUCAGGGUGUUCUGAAAGAACCCAAUCUCGCCAAAGAGGCGGCCCAGGAUCUCUUUAGCGCCAUCACGUCAUAUGGACAAGGCGACUUUGCUAGUGUCGCCCAGACUGCAAUUGGCUUCCUCAAGAAAGCCGCCCUGGGCGACUCUGCACGCCAACGGACCGUUAGAACCAAGACCUCCCCUGCGGAUGUGGUUAUGUUUUCAGGCUCCAAGGAUACCCAGACUUCAGCGGAUACAUUCCAGGACGGAGAGGCUCGAGGUGCAUUGAGUUGGGCUUUUAUCAAGACAUUGAAACAGCGUCCACAGCAGAGCUAUUUACAACUGCUAAACUCGGUUCGGUCCGAAUUAGAAGGCAAAUACAGCCAGAAGCCGCAGCUGAGCUGCAGCCACCCUCUUGAUGUCAAUUUACUUUUUGUGAUGUGAUAUGUAUUGUACGAGACAUGAUGUAUGCGUAGUUGUUUUUUUUCUUUUCUGUUUGGGUUUACACAAUUCCAUGACAUUCAAUAGCAUUGCAUUGGCCUCGAGCAAAGUCCCGGCCAUAUUUCCUCUCGGCUUCACUUCUACGCAUUGUACGGCAUUGUUGAUCCGGAUCCUCUAUUAGUUUUCAUAUUCCCUAGUGCAUUCCAUGUCCUGAUUGAGACCCGAGAGGAGAGAAAUAAAGAUCACGCUAAACACUAGCGUUGGUAGUCAGUGUCUUCCUGGAUA